UACAUAGAGAGUAAAAAGAGAGAGAAAGAGAAGUAUCAUAUGAGUAUGAGUCAUUACGUUGUACCAAAAUGGAAUCUAAGGCACCAAAGACAAGAACAAGUUGAAGGAGAAGAGGGAAACAGAUCCUCUCACGUGCAGACUCACAGUAGUAGUAGUAAUAGUGCUCACCUUGUCCCCAUAUCGAGAUGUAAUAAUGAAGUUAAGGAGCUAACGUGGGAGAAUGGCCACCUAGCCAUGCAUGGGCUUGGUGGGCUUCUUCCCUCAGGCCCAAUAAAGCCCACAUCGGGUAGAACUGGUGACACACUAGAAUCUAUAGUCCACCAAGCUACAACAUGCAACAAUCAAGUUCAAGACCCCUAUGUGACAUAUCAUGGACAGACCCCGGCCACAAUGGGCUCCGAAAUUGUUGCACCCUCCGGUGGAAAACGGGCGGAAAACGCCUUCCAGGCCCCGCCGGUGAUGAGAAAGCGAAAUCGGUCAAAUUCUAACCAUGAUGGGAUGAGUUUUAGUAGCAAUUGUGGCAUUCAGGAAGAGCAAGGAGGCCCAAGUGCUUGUGCUUGUGCUAGUGCAACAUUUUGCAAGGAAAAUGACACAACUAUGAUGACAUGGGCUUCCUUUGAAUCCCCCCAAAGCUUGAAGAAUAAAAGUACUGAUGAGGAUUCAGCCUGUCAUGGUGGCUUGGAGAACCAAGAUGAAGACCAAGAGACCAAAGGUGAAUCCAGACGCUCUAACUCAACAAGAAGUCGCGCUGCUGCUAUCCAUAACCAAUCAGAACGGAGGCGAAGAGAUAGGAUUAACCAGAAGAUGAAAGCCCUGCAAAAGUUGGUACCAAAUGCAAGUAAGACUGAUAAGGCUUCAAUGCUUGAUGAGGUGAUUGACUACUUAAAGCAACUUCAAACUCAAGUUCAAGUGAUGAGCAGUGUGAGAAACAUGUCACCUCAAACGGUGAUGUCUUUGGGAAUGCAACAACAACUGCAGAUGUCAAUGCUGGCCCGGAUGGGAAUGGGGAUGGGGAUGGGGAUGGGAGUUGGGGUGGGAAUGGGAAUGCUUGACAUGAGCUCUGUAGCAAGAUCUUCACCUCAGGCUCUCCCUUCACUCAUCCACCCCACUGCAGCCACUACCACAGGCUCAACUUUUGUUCUGCCGCCAUUCAUGGUGCCACCAAUGCUUAUGGCUCAAGCUUCAAAGCCUGGCACUGCAGACACCUCUAGUUCUUCUUUAGUUCCUUUACCUGAUCCUUAUUGUGCUCUUAUGGCCCAAUCAAUGAAUAUGGAGCUCUACAACAAGAUGGCAGCAUUGUACAGUCACCAAGUUAAUCAGACCAGACAAGCAUCAAAGAGUUCUAAGUCAAGUCAAGUUUAAGAUUAAGAAGUACUAAUAGUAAAAAAAUUGACAAUAUUAUAAAGUAUUGUAGAAGCUAUUGGCUGGACAAUGUCUAUAUUUUAUAUUUAUCUACCUAAUUUAAAAUUAUUAUUCUCCUCUUUCUCCAUAA